AACUCAAGUCAUUAUUUUCUAACCUGCUCAUAUGAGCUAUUUAGUGUGUUUAUCUGGAAUUGAAAGUAGUUCUUCAUCUCCUUACAAUUUCAGAUUUGUUUUGUUACUCAUCCAACCCAGAGUUCGCACCACUUCCCUUCUGUGAGCCAGAGAUGGUUGGUGGGGGCCCCUGGCUUGCACGAAUGGCUGGCAUCCACCUCUGAGCGGUAUCGGCUGCUAACACGCCUGCCCUCCUUGCCCUUAUCAGUGGCUCCCGCCUUCAGAAAGAACAAGCCCACUAACGCCAAGUCACGGGACCGGCAGGCAAUAAUGAAGGUUCUUUUACUGAAAGACGCUAAGGACGACGCCUGUGGCCAGGAUCCGUACGUCAGGGAGUUAGGAUUAUAUGGACUUGAGGCCACUUUGAUCCCGGUUCUAGCAUUUGAGUUUUUGUCUCUUCCCAGUUUCUCGGAGAAGCUGUGUCGUCCUGAAGACUACGGGGGCCUCAUCUUCACCAGCCCCAGAGCCGUGGAAGCAGCGCAGCUGUGUUUGGAGAAAAGUGGUAAAGCCGAAGUCUGGGAAAGGUCUCUGAGAGCGAAAUGGAACGUGAAGUCGGUGUAUGUGGUGGGCGGUGCUACUGCGUCCCUAGUGAGUAAAAUCGGCCUGUGUGCAGACGGAGAACACAGCGGGAACGCUGAGAAGCUCGCGGAGCACAUCUGUUCCAAGGAGUCCUCGCCCCUGCCUCUUCUGUUUCCCUGUGGAACCCUCAAAAGAGAAGUCCUGCCCACAGUGCUCAAGGAGCAAGGGGUUCCCAUGGAAAGCAUCACCGUCUACGAGACAGUUCCACACCCUGGCAUCCGAGGGAACCUGGACAGCUACUAUUCCAAGCAGGGCGUCCCAGAUAGCGUCGCCUUCUUCAGUCCCUCUGGCGUUAAAUACAGUCUCAAGCACAUUGAAGAGCUGUCUGGUGACAGCGUGGGUCAGAUCAAGUUCGCGGCCAUCGGCCCCACCACGGCCCGUGCCCUGGCUGCCCAGGGCCUGCGUGUGAGCUGCACCGCAGAGAGCCCCACGCCACAAGCCCUGGCCGCCGGCAUCCGGAAGGCGCUCCCCUUGCCUGGCGGCUGCUGAAUCACCCACACCCAUCCAGCUCUCCAGCGCCUGCCUCCAGCCCGAGUGGAACCACCUGGGGGUCAGGGAUGGGGAGGGGCUCGAGCCAGCAUGAGGCCCACACGCGUGUCCACGGAGCCCGGCCCAGCUGCAGGCAGCCCCAGGCCCUGAGAGCGUCCUGGGCCCGGCAGGGAGGAAGUCCAAUAAACACGCUGGCCGCAGGCUCCCUGUGUGUGGACCGUCACUCCUGGGGCAUCAUUCUCAGUGCAAAGCCGCAUGCGGGGAGGAGUCAGCCACGCCCACCCCUGAUAAGCUGCAAACCCCGUGUGGGACGCAGACGUGGACCCACGUAGGAGGUGGGCGUGUGCUGUAACAGGACCCCCAAGGGCCCUCUUCCUGAACGGACUUUGUUCCCUGGAGCUGAGGAGACCGGGGUCCCCGGAAAUGCAGUGCCCUGCAGAAGGGCUUUGAAAAUCUGCCCCAGGUUUUAUUUCCACUUUUAAAUCUUUGCCCAGAAUUGAGCCGAGCUGGAGGAAACCUGUGAUUGUCUUUUACCGGCCUGUGGGCUGGUGCAGGAAAUGUGGAAUGCUACAUGCACACCCUGUGUCCUGCAGAGGCUGUGCUGGGAGGCACUUUGGGGCAGUACCACCCCAACUCGGGGCAGGGGGCCCCAGGCAUCCUCACUCCUCAGAGCAGCCUUGAGGAGGGACAUUCCUGUCACCCCAUUUUUCUGGAGAGAGCUUAAGAAGUGAGGUGAUUGGUUAGGACCGCACAGCUGGGUCAUGGCCAGGUUCACACAGCUGGUUCAUGGCCAGGUUCACACAGCUGGUUCAUACACAAGCACACGCUUGCACACACACACACUCCUCUGUGCGUGUGUGUACCCACACUGGAAUCACGAUUCCCUUUUAUUGUUACUUUUCAAAUGUACAUUUUCUAUAUUGAUAACUAAAGGGAUCCUAGGGCUGGUGCUGUGGCGUAGCGCUCGGGUAGAGCGCUGCCUGUGACACCAGCAUCCCGGAUGGCUCCCGCUCAGUUCCUCACUGCUGCACUUCCCAUCCCGCUCCCUGCUGUGGCCUGGGAGAGCAGUGGAGGAUGGCCCAGGUCCUUGGGCCCCUGCACCCGCAUGGGAGACUGUGGGGAACCGCAGGCUGGCCACCUGUGAGAACCUCCUCAUCUACAUAGUUUGCAGCAAUCGGUGGACUACAAGGCCUAUGAAAACAACCAGGUGAAACAGAUGAAACAGAAUGGACUCUGCAUAAACAACUAGGAAGAACCAGGUGAAACAGAUUAACUUUCGACCUGAGGCUAUACGCGCCCUUUCAUCUGAUUGGACGGUAUCAGCAUAAAGGGACAUUGGGAUCUGGACGGGCUGGUGCGGCCACCGCCGCCCCUCCUCUCCUCUCCUCCUCUCCUCUCGCUUUCCUUCUGCCCCCACAAGUAAAAGUUCCUUGAGAACCGAGAAACAGUGACUGUGUCGUGACUACGUUGGACCCUCGCUGGUGAGGGUCCGACAGGAGACCUGGAUGGAGCUCCUGGUUCCUGGCUCAGGCUGGCCCAGCCCUGGCUGGUGCAGUCAUCUGGGGAGUGAACCAAAGGAUGGAUGCUCUCUCUCUGUCUCUCCUUCUUUCUCUGUAACUCUU